AUGGCCAUGCCGCGCAGAAUAUCGCGGCUGGUCCUCCUGACUGGCCUCGUCCUCGCCCUCGUCCUCGUCCUGCAUCUGAUGCCCUCGUCGCCGCCGCCGCCCUUCCCUUCCUCGUCGGCCCCCAAGUUUGUCCCCGCAACGCUCGACUGGGCCAAGGUCAAGCAGUUCUACCCGCCCGCCUCCAUCAAGCCCCUGCCCGGCGCGAGGCCCCGGAACCUGCCCCGCGUCCAGGCCCCGGCCAGCGCCUUUGCCUCGCCCUCGCCCCGUGCCGAGGACCGCCGCGCCGCCGUCCGCAACGCCUUCAAGCGCAGCUACGAUGCCUACAAGGAGCAUGCCUGGAUGCGCGACGAGCUCACCCCCGUCUCCGGCCGCUCCAGGGACCCCUUUGGCGGCUGGGCCGCCACCCUCGUCGACACGCUCGACACGCUGUGGAUCAUGGGCUUCGACGACGACUUCGCAGAGGCCAGCGCCGCCGUCUGCACCAUUGACUGGGCCGACACCGCCGCCGGCGCCGCAAACCUCUUCGAGACCACCAUCCGCCACCUCGGCGGCCUGCUGAGCGCCUACGACCUCUCCGCCGACCCCGCCCUGCUGGCCAAGGCCCGUGAGCUCGGUGAGAUGCUCUACCACGGCUUCGACACCCCCAACCGCCUGCCAGGCUUCUGGCUCAACUUCAAGGAGGCCCGCGACGGCAACCAGGUCGCCGGCACAAACGACCCCUCGGCCGCCCCCGCCUCCCUCUCCCUCGAGUUCACCCGCCUGUCCCAGCUCACCGGCGACGCCAAGUUCUACGACGCCGCCGACCGCGUCACCCGCUUCCUCGAGAGGACCCAGAACGAGACCCUGCUGCCGGGUAUGUGGCCGACGACGCUCGACUUCCGCAACGAGCGCGCCACCGAAGCCAAGUUCACCCUCGGCGCCCUCGCAGACUCCCUCUACGAGUACCUUCCCAAGAUGCACGCGCUGCUCGGCGGCGUCGAUGACACGUACGAGAAGCUGUACCGCGCCGCCAUGGACGCCGCCGCCAGCCACCUCGUCUUCCGCCCCAUGCUGCCGGACAAAAAGGACGUCCUCUUCGCCGGCGACUGGCACGCAAACGCCGCCGACAAGCUCAUCCCCGACAGCCAGCACCUAACGUGCUUUGUCGGAGGCAUGUUUGGCCUCGGCGGCCGCCUCUUCAACAUCGACCACCACGUCGCCCUCGGCGAGCGCCUCGCCCGCGGCUGCGGCUGGGCCUACGCCAGCUUCCCCACGGGCGUCAUGCCCGAAAUCUUCAGCCUGCUGCCCUGCCCCUCGCUCGACCCGUGCCCCUGGGACGAGGACCGCUGGCAGAAGCACGGCGACGCCAAGCUCGCAAAGGGCUUCACCAACGCCCGCGACGCCCGCUACUUGCUGCGGCCCGAGGCCAUAGAGAGCAUCUUUGUCCUCUACCGCAUCACGGCCAAGCCCGAGCUGCAAGACAUGGCGUGGGACAUGUUCCAGGGCAUCAUGAAGUCGACAGAGACGAAGCUCGCCAACUCGGCCAUUGCCGACGUGACGGUGACGGGGCAGACGACCAAGACGGACUCGAUGGAGAGCUUCUGGAUGGCCGAGACGCUCAAGUACUUUUAUCUCAUCUUCUCGCCACCCGACCUGAUCAGCCUGGACGAGUACGUGCUCAACACGGAGGCACACCCGAUGCGGCGACCUACGUGA